AUGGCAGCGUCGGACGCCCAGCCGGAUGUCCAAAUGUCCUCAUCACGCGAGGCCAACAUCGCCUUCAUCUCCGGUCCCAUUGACAGUGGUCCCAACGAAGUCUACUUCCAUACUCACUACGCACAUCGCAUCCGUGAAGCAGCGGAAAAAGGGCAUGAUUUCGUGAUUGGUCCUAUCCCAACUGGCAUUGACGCUGAUGCCCUGGCCUACCUCCUCGCCUACCCCGUCGCGCCCAGUCGAAUCACCAUCUUCGUCACUCCCGCGGAGGAAGGUAUGUGGGGAAAUCGAUUUCGCCGCUUAUCAAUCAAUCUACAUGUUGUCGAAGGGCAGAUGACUCGCGAACGCGAUGCCGCCAUGACCCAGGCGAGUACUUAUGAUAUCCUGCGGGUGCGCACUCCAGGAGAAGCGCAGGCGUUUUUUGGGGGCGGGGCCCGGAGGGGAUAUGUGACUAACACAGAGCGGAACUGGAAGCGCCGGUGCGGAGUGGCGGAGGAUCAAGAAGUCAGCGCCGAAGAGAUCAAUCGGUCGAUGGGCUAUCCAGCGUCCGACAGCAUGGCAUUGCCAGAUGAACCCAAAUUUGGGAUUCGGCAAAAGCUGAAGCGUGCCAUGAGGCGUCACUAA